AUGUCGUUUGGGGGAAUGCCGCGCGAUAGUUCCGGGGCAAUAACGUGUGGGCGCGAUAACAUGACUAGAAAAUAUAAACGAAAGUCGCAAAAGUGCAACUGGUCUCCAGAACAGUUGCGGGCAGCAAUUGAUGCUAUAAGAGAUGGACGAGCUAUUCGGGAAGUAGGAAGAGCCUUUGGGAUUCCUGAGUCUACUUUACGUGACCGACUAAAGUCUAACAAUUCGGAUGCAGCAAAAUUGGGAAGAAAUCCUGUAUUCAACAAAGCCCAAGAAGAAGCUUUAUCAACACACGUCCAAAAAUUGGCAAAAGUUUUCUUUGGGACUACUCCGAUUGAACUGCGCCGACUAGCUUACAGUUUCGCCGAAGAAAACAAUAUUAAGCACCCUUUCGAUUCCGAAAAGAAAUUGGCUGGCGAAGAUUGGCUAACUCUUUUUUUAAGGCGCAACACUACUAUUAGCCUUAGGCAACCGGAAGAAAGUCGAAUCUUCAACGUCGACGAGACCGGGAUUUCGACCGUUCAAAAGCCAGCUAAGAUUUUUGCACCCAAGGGACAAAAACAAGUAGGAUCUGCGAUAUCCUGGGAACGGGGAAAAACUGUAACGGUUGUUUGUGCCAUGAGUACUUUGGGUCAAUAUAUCCCACCGAUGUUUAUUUUCCCGAGACAAAGGAUGAAUCCACAUUUGCAAAAAAAUGGUCCUCCUGGAGCAGUUUAUCACUGUUCAAAAAAUGGCUGGAUUAAUGAAGGGCUUUUCUUGGAAUGGAUAAAACAUUUUAAUAGUCAUAUAUCAAAGCAAGCCUACUGCCUAGAAGACCCCGUGCUUUUGAUACUCGACAAUCAUUCAAGCCACAUUUCACUGGUAGUUUAUAAUUACUGCAAAGAUCAUGGAAUUGUAAUGCUGUCCAUUCCACCCCACACGUCCCACCGCAUGCAACCACUCGAUCUGACUUUGUAUGGCCCUUUGAAAAAUGCGUUUAAUCGGGAAUGUGACUUACACAUAAGAACCAAAGCCUUUGAAAAAAUAACGCAUUACGACUUGGCAUCCAUCUUUAACAAGGCAUACAUAAAAGUUGCUACGAUGGACAAAGGAAUUUCUGGCUUUCAAGCUGCUGGUAUUUGGCCAAUAAAUCCAGAAAAAUUUUCCGAAGAUGAUUUCGGCCCAAAUCCCGAAAACGACAUAGUGCUUGACCAUUCGCAAGUGAAUUUAGACGAUGAGACGGAAGAAACGACACAAAGGAAGCAAAUAGUCCAAAAAAAUUCUAAGAUUGAAAAAGAAAAAACUAAAGACACUCGCAAACCUCAACCAAGACCAUCGAGAGACUGCGACAACCUUGAACCUCAACCAGGACCGUCAAGAGAUUGUGUUGUUAAUAGGGACUCCCCACCUCGCUCCCCACUCAAGCAGCUAGAAAAUUUGGCUCCUGUCGUUACUAAGAAUUCUCCACUUCGUAAGCAGUUGGAAAUACUUUCACCCAUUCCAAUAUCAGUGUGUGAUACGUCUGCCCAGAAACGAACAAAAAAGCAUUCCGAAAUUUUGACGUCUACUCCUCUAAAGGAGCAGCUCGAAGCGGCUAAAGAAAAAAAGAUCCAAAAGGAAGAACAGGCAAGAGUAAAAAAUGUGGACGUCGGCGCGCAUCUUCUCAACGUAUGUUUUUUGACUCGCGAGCCGCUUCGCGCGCGCAUGAUGCGAGCCGUCGGCUGUCGGUUUUUUGGACCCGCUCAAAAGAAAACGUGCGUGCGUUGCGAUUCAGUGUGGACGGUGAAAUUGACGUGUUUAGUAAUUUUCAACGUGCGUGCCUCGUGUUGUAAAAGUUUGUUUAGUUUACAUUAG